AUGGAUAGUUCGCACCAACAGCGGCUAGUGACCGGACACGAAAUAAGAGAAACUGAUGGUUCAUCGACUACACUUCACAAUGACGCUAAGGAGCAGAGCGAGCAGAAGGAGGCAGAGGUCGAUAUGGAGGACGAAGUUGAGGAGAUGGUGAGGCAAUUGACUCGCCAGUCUACUCAUUUCUCUUCGGCGAAUGCAAGCAACCCAUUUUUUGAGGAGAACAAGGAAACCACCUGGCAUCCAGACAGUCCUUUCUUCAAGCCAAAGGACUGGAUUCGUUCAUUGAUUGCCGCUCAGUCACAAGAUCCGGAACGAUUCCUUCAACGCUUGGCGGGUGUUGCAUUCAAGAGCCUCUCUGUGCACGGUUUUGGAAGUCCAACCGACUACCAAAAGGACGUGUUCAACUCUCUGCUGAGUAUCGGUGGCAUGAUCCGCAGCCUGGUUGGAAACGGGAAACAGAAGGUUCAAAUCCUCCAGAACUUCAAUGGACUGGUCAAAAGUGGAGAAAUGCUGGUGGUCCUGGGCCGCCCUGGGAGUGGCUGCUCAACAUUCCUGAAGACGAUUGCCGGUGAGAUGAACGGUAUCUAUGUCGACGACAAUAGCUACUUGAACUAUCAAGGAAUAUCGGCCCCAAUGAUACAGAAGCAGUUCCGUGGAGAAGCUAUCUUCAGUGCUGAGAAUGAUGUGCAUUUCCCUCAACUGACAGUUGGUGAAACCCUGACAUUUGCGGCUAUGGCACGUACCCCACGCACGCGUUUUCCCACAUUGCCGAGAAAGCAAUAUGCGGAUCAUCUUCGCGAUGUGGUCAUGACCAUGCUAGGUCUCCGUCAUACGUUUAAUACGCGAGUUGGCAACGACUUCGUGCGUGGAGUUAGUGGCGGUGAGCGCAAACGAGUCAGUAUUGCAGAGGCUAUUCUCAGUGGUGCUCCCCUUCAAUGCUGGGACAACAGUACGCGAGGUCUUGACAGUGCCAAUGCAUUGGAAUUUUGCAAGAACCUCCGCUUGAUGAGUGACUAUGCAGGAACCGCAGCCUGCGUUGCAAUUUACCAGGCUUCGCAGAGUGCCUACGAUGUGUUUGACAAGGUCGUUGUUCUCUAUGAGGGCCAGCAAAUCUAUUUCGGCCCGACUAGUGAGGCUCGUGACUUCUUUACCACCAUGGGCUUCGAUUGCCCGGGCCGCCAGACCACCGCCGACUUUCUCACCUCCCUGACUAGUCCCACCGAGCGCAGAGUGAAGCCGGGAUACGAAGCCAGGGUGCCUCGUACGCCAGAGGAAUUUGCCCAACGCUGGCAGACCAGCUCAGAGUGUGCCCGUCUUCUCCGGGAAAUUGACACCUUUGACAAGGAACACCCCAUUGGUGGUCAGUCCUUGGCUAACUUCAAUGAAGCCCGCCGCGUAUCAAGUCCCCCCUAUACGCUCUCGGUUGUCGAGCAGAUCAAUCUCAACGUGAAACGUGGUUUCCUGCGUCUCAGGGCUGAUAUGUCCCUGUUCUACUCGGCUCUUUUUGGCAACUUCUUCAUUUCUCUGAUUUUAGGAAGUGUGUUUUAUAAUCUCGCCUCGGAUACAUCCACUUUCUACUCCCGAGAGGUUCUCCUUUUCUACGCCGUUCUUCUCGCUGCGUUUGCCAGUGCACUUGAGAUCCUAACCCUUUAUGCUCAACGAGCCAUCGUGGAGAAGCAAUCGCGAUAUGCCUUCUACCAUCCUUUCACAGAAGCCGUUGCAUCUAUGUUAUGCGAUGUACCGUAUAAAUUGGCCAACUCUUUCACCUUCAAUCUUCCUCUCUAUUUUAUGGCCAACCUCAAACGUGAGCCAGGGGCCUUUUUCAUCUUCUGGCUGUUUUCCCUCGCGACCACAUUCACCAUGUCUAUGAUCUUCCGCACGUUUGGUGCCGCAUCGCGUUCUCUGGCCCAGGCACUGGUUCCUGCUGCUCUACUCAUCUUGGGUCUCGUGAUCUACACAGGUUUUAUCAUUCCUACAAAAGACAUGCUGGGUUGGUCUCGCUGGAUGAACUAUAUUGACCCACUUGCGUACUCAUUUGAAAGUAUGAUGGUCAAUGAGUUCCGCAAUAGAGAUUUCCCCUGUUCGUCCUUGGUGCCUUCUGGAGAGGGGUACGAGAAUGUGGACACCAUCAACACCAUCUGCAGCACCGUUUCAUCCACCGCUGGUGAUCUUUAUAUCAGUGGAGAGGCCUACCUGGAGACUGCCUACGCCUAUACCAACAGCCAUCUCUGGCGUAACCUGGGUAUCGUCAUCGCGUUCAUGAUCUUCUUCAUGUUCGUUUACCUCAUUGCAACCGAAUACAUCACUGAAGCUGCCUCCAAGGGCGAAGUCCUUCUUUUCCGCCGGGGUCGUCAGCCAAAGGCUCCGACACAGGAUUGUGAGACUAUAGCAGACAUGAAUUAUCGGGAGGAAGAAGAUUCCGAAGGUGCUGGUGCCAACAUUCAGCGGCAAACUGCUAUCUUCCAAUGGCAAGAUCUUUGCUACGAUAUCAAGAUCAAGAAUGAAGAUCGCCGUAUUCUUGACCAUGUGAACGGUUGGGUUAAGCCCGGUUCCGCGACUGCAUUGAUGGGUGUUUCCGGCGCAGGAAAAACUACACUGCUUGACGUUCUUGCAACUCGUGUGACUAUGGGUGUUGUCACUGGAGAUGUUCUUGUCGAUGGUAGUCCCCGAGAUAGCUCUUUUCAGCGCAAAACAGGCUACGUUCAACAGCAGGAUGUUCAUUUGCCCACCUCCACGGUGCGCGAGGCCCUAGAGUUCAGUGCUUUGCUCAGACAACCAGCCCAUUUCAGCCGACAAGAAAAGCUUGACUAUGUUACAGAAAUCCUGGAUUUGCUUGGUAUGCAAACAUAUGCUGACGCUGUUGUUGGUGUUCCGGGUGAAGGAUUGAACGUUGAGCAGCGAAAGCGCUUGACUAUUGUUGUGGAGUUGGUUGCCCGACCCCAGCUAUUGCUCUUCUUGGAUGAGCCUACAUCUGGCUUGGACAGUCAAACCUCUUGGUCAAUUCUAGAUCUGAUUGAAACACUGACCAAGCAUGGCCAGGCGAUUUUGUGUACCAUCCACCAGCCUUCUGCUAUGCUAUUCCAGCGAUUUGACAGACUGAUGUUCCUUGCUAAAGGAGGACGCACCGUAUACUUCGGAAAGAUCGGCGAAAACUCUUCGAUCUUGGCGGACUAUUUCAUGCGCAAUGGUGGCCAUGCUCUAAAGGAUGGCGAGAAUCCCGCAGAAUGGAUGCUUGAUGUGAUUGGCGCUGCUCCUGGGUCCCACAGUGAUGUUGAUUGGCCUGAGGCUUGGAACAGCAGUGCUGAAAAGCAGGCUGUUCUUGACCAUUUGGCUGAGCUAAAGUCUUCCCUUGCGGAAAAGCAGCCAGAGGGCAACGUGAGUACAGAACAUCGCGAAUUCGCGUCUUCCACAAAGGACCAAUUUUUGCAGUGUCUAUCUCGUCUCUUCUCGCAAUACUGGCGGACCCCUUCUUACAUCUGGUCUAAAAUUGUUCUCUCGAUUCUUACGGCACUUUAUAACGGAUUCUCGUUCUACAACGCAAAGAACACCCAGCAAGGAUUGCAGAACCAAAUGUUUAGUAUCUUCAUGCUCAUGACCAUCUUUGGAAACCUUGUUCAACAGAUCAUGCCUAACUUUAUUAUCCAACGAUCCAUCUUCGAAGUUCGGGAGCGUCCAUCCAAGAUGUACUCGUGGAAGGUGUUCAUGGCUUCGAAUAUUAUUGUUGAGUUGCCUUGGAACUUCCUGGUUGCUGUGUUGAUGUUUUUCUGCUGGUACUACCCAGUCGGUCUUUACCAAAACGCCGAACCGACUGACGCUGUGUCUGAGCGUGGUGCGCUUAUGUUUCUGUACUUGUUGGUUUUUUUAUGGUUUACAUCUACAUUCACUCAUAUGGUCGUGGCCGGUGUGGAAACUGCUGAAACUGGAGGCAACAUCGCCAAUCUUCUCUUCGCUCUUCUUCUACUGUUCUGCGGUGUCGUCGCCACCCCACAAGACAUGCCCGGAUUCUGGAUCUUCAUGUAUCGUCUUUCCCCAUUUACGUACCUGGUAUCUGGAAUGUUAUCCACUGCUGUUAGUGGAACAGAUGUUACGUGCAGUACAGAUGAAGUCCUCACCUUCAACCCCCCGGGCUCUCAAACCUGCUAUGAAUACCUGAAUGCCUAUGCUGUAAGGACUGGUGGAUACAUUGAGAACCCCAACGCAACGAGCUCAUGCUCGUACUGUAGCAUGUCAUCCACCGAUACCUUCCUUGCUUCAGUUGACUCCUACUGGAGCGAUGCCUGGAGGAACUUUGGAAUCAUGUGGGCUUACUUGGUAUUCAACAUUGCCGUCGCCCUUGGAAUCUACUGGUGGGCACGUGUUCCCAAGGGAAACAAGACCAAGGGAAGCUCUUGA